UGUAGAUCCCGCUGGAGUGUGUCGUGCGUGCGUGGGUACGUGCCGGAGCUAUUUUGGGAUCAAUGGUGAUGCUGCUUUUUGAUGCAGUAUUUCUCAGUGCCCUCUGAAGGGCAGACACUUGAUUACCGACAGACAGCCAAGCAAGGAAAACAGUGAUUUCCCCGUCUGCGAUUUCCCACUUUGUGAUGCACGUGUACAGUUGUGUGCAGUUAUGGAAGCCUCCAGAGCUUCCAUGGAGUUUUUAUUUUUGCGUCAUCACAACUUCAUCUUGCCAUCGUGUGUCCACCUCUGUCCUUUUGCUACUAAGCAUGUUUAUGUAACUGCGCUGGAUGAGUAGCCGGCAGCCAGGCUUUAGAGCGAGAGGAGGAGGAUUCAUCCAUCCAUUCUGUGACCAUCCGAAAUCUUUGGAGCUAACGUGCUAGGAGUCCACUCACUCAUCAUCAUUCCGGAGCCGAUGCACGUGCAUGACACAAUGGGCAGCUCCCCCGAGGUGCUCUCCUGGACUUCCUGCCCGAGUCUUCUAGUGGGCAAACUGAAGGAGGAGCUCAAACUCUCAGUAGUCGGGGAUGCAAUGAAGAAAACAAACAUCCCCAACUCCCAACCCCAGCCUCCUCUGGCGCCCCCUCAGAUCAUCACAGACCUGGCACCACCCACGCACCUAGCUGUCCCGCAGCCAACUCUGCAGCUUCCGGGUCAGGACGAGGACUCGACGUCGGAGGGUUUGAGUCCCGCGAACCCAGCAUUGAGCGUGGAUUCUACUCGGAGUGAAGGGGGGAAUUUUGACAACAGCGUGCUGCAGCUGCAGGACCACGACCACGACGAGGCUGGGUCGCCAGCGUCAUGUGAACAUGGCGGCAGCGGAGCUGAGGAUCAAACCGGAGACGGGAACUGUCCCGUCGACCACAACUGUGACGGCAAACAUGGUCACCCGCACCACCCAGACGACAUCAAGCUGCACUUUCACAGAGCUGGACCCAAUUCUGGGGGAUUUCUAGAGGGACUGUUUGGCUGUUUGCGGCCAGUUUGGAACAUCAUUGGAAAAACCUACUCCACAGAAUACAAGCUGCAGCAGCAAGAUAUGUGGGAGGUUCCGUUCGAGGAAAUCUCUGAGUUGCAGUGGCUUGGAAGCGGAGCACAAGGAGCCGUCUUUCUCGGUAAAUUCCGCUCAGAGGAAGUGGCCAUCAAGAAAGUGCGAGAACAAAAGGAGACAGACAUCAAACACCUGCGGAAACUGAAGCACCCCAACAUCAUCAGCUUCAAGGGUGUCUGCACGCAGGCUCCCUGUUAUUGCAUUAUCAUGGAGUACUGUGCUCAAGGGCAGCUUUACGAAGUGCUGCGGGCCGGGAGGAAGGUGAGCCCCCGGCUACUGGUCGACUGGGCCUCGGGCAUCGCCAGCGGCAUGAACUACCUCCAUCUACAUAAGAUCAUCCACAGAGAUCUCAAGUCCCCAAAUGUCUUGGUCACACACAACGACACAAUCAAAAUCUCAGACUUCGGAACAUCCAAAGAGCUCAGUGACAAAAGUACAAAGAUGUCAUUUGCUGGUACGGUGGCCUGGAUGGCUCCAGAAGUCAUAAGGAACGAGCCUGUGUCUGAAAAAGUGGACAUCUGGUCGUUUGGAGUCGUCCUGUGGGAACUGCUGACUGGAGAAAUUCCCUACAAAGACGUGGACUCGUCUGCCAUCAUUUGGGGAGUUGGCAGCAACAGCCUCCACCUCCCCGUCCCUUCCACCUGCCCAGAUGGUUUCAAGAUCCUCAUGAAACAAACUUGGCAGGGGAAACCCCGAAACAGACCAUCGUUUCGUCAGAUCCUCCUCCACCUCGACAUUGCCGCCGCUGAUGUUCUGGGAGCUCCUCAGGAGACCUACUUCAAGUCUCAGGCGGAGUGGAGGGAGGAAGUGAAGAAGCACUUUGAGAAGAUCAAAAGCGAAGGAACUUGUAUCCACCGACUGGACGAGGAGUUGAUCAGACGCAGACGGGAUGAGCUCAGACAUGCGCUGGACAUCCGGGAGCACUACGAGAGGAAGCUGGAACGAGCCAACAACCUGUACAUGGAGCUGAGUGCCAUCAUGCUCCAGCUGGAGGUUCGCGAGAAGGAACUCAUGAAGAGGGAGCAGGCGGUGGAGAAGAAAUACCCGGGCACCUACAAACGUCACCUGGUCCGACCCAUUGUCAGGUCCAAUGCUGUGGAAAAACUCAUCAAAAAGAAGGGAAGCAUCUCUCACAAAGCUGGGAUGCCCCCUGCUAAGAGACCAGACUUACUUCGUUCCGAGGGCAUCCCCAGCGUAGACCCCCUGCCCUCCCCUUCGCCCCUGUCUGCCAGCCCAAAAAUCUCCACCCCUCCGGGUAAAACCCGCUACAGAAGCAAGCCACGACACCGCCGGGCCAACAGUAAAGGGAGCCAUAAUGAGUUCAUGGGGGUCCUGAAACCACCGUCAGGACCUCAUGAGGACACCCAGUCGCUGCAGGAGCAGACCCUCAACAGCCUCCACAGCCACCACCUUCAUCAUCCUCUUCCUCCGCAACAGUCGCACGAAGGCCCCUUGCUACCGCUGAAAGGACGCGAGGAGGCUGUUGUCAACUGUGCCAACAACCUGCGGUACUUCGGGCCUGCUGCUGCCCUGCGCAGCCCUCAGACGGACCACCUGCAGCGCCGCGUGUCCGGCUCCAGCCCCGACCUCAUCUCCACCGCUGUGGACGCCGACACGCGACAGCAGAACGACCCCACUGUCGUGACUGGAGCUGGUGCCGGCUCCUUGUGCCCCUCCUGUCAGGCGCAUCCCUUCCCUGGGUGUCAGUACUGUCAGGAAACCCCCGGAGAGAACCCUCGCUCAGAGUUGUCCUACUACUCUGUGAGGCACACGCUUGAAGGCACCCAGUCAGGAGCUCACGGCUCGGACGGCGAGGCUACGAGGAAUUCAGAGAGUCAGGAUAAGGAGGCGGACCAGAAGACGUUGCCCGUUCCCACGGCCCUGCCCCGCACGCUCAGACCACUGAGGAAGGGAGACGAGUCAUCUGAAGAGGAGGAGGGAGAGGUGGACAGCGAAGUUGAGUUUCCACGGAGACAGAGACCUCACCGCUGUAUGAGCAGCUUCCAGUCGUACUCCACCUUCAGCUCAGAGAACUUGUCGGCGUCUGACGGCGAGGAGGGGAACACGAGCGACCACUCCCACAGCGGCCCUUUGGAGAGGCUGAGCGCCAGUCAGGAGGAGCACCUGGAUGAGCUGCUGUCUCACACGCCCGACAUCCCCAUCGACAUCUCCACGCAGUCGGACGGCUUGUCUGACAAGGAGUGUGCCGUCCGCAGGGUGAAGACCCAGAUCUCGCUGGGCAAGCUGUGCUCCGACGAACACAGUUACGAGAAUCCUCUCCAGUUUGGAGACUCGGACUGUGACUCGUCUGAGGCCGAGUGCUCAGAUGCUACCAUUAGGAACAACAAAGUCGGGGCUCCCUCCUCUUGGUGAUUCCACGCCCUGGAUGCUGCAGAGCCCCCUGCUCUUCAGAUAACUCAGCAAUAAGAGGGCAGCGGUGUGAAUAAGCAAGCUCUUUCCAGCAAUCUCUCCCAGAACCUCCUCGUGAACGCCCCCUCCAUCCUCCUCAUGUGAAGCUCCACCCCCCGACAGGGCCGUGUACAUAGAUAAUGAAGCGUUCAUAAUUUAUUUUUGGAGUUGUGAAGUAAAUUCAGGAGAGUCAGUGCUCUGACUCGUGCAGAGACUCAUCAGGUUCUGACCGCACAGAUGUGGAUGAAACAGACGUCCAGCAGCUGCUUCUCUAGACUUGUUGACCUCAGGAGACUUGGAACAUCAGGACAAGCCAUUCUUUUUUUAUUCGGUUAAAAUACUUCAUCUGUAGAUUCUGACACACUGGCUGCUCUAUCUCCAUCUUGUCCCGCCAAGAGAGAACAGGAAGCACAUGAAGACGGUGUGAGCACCAGCUUGAACUGGUGGAGUGAAGGUGACCUAUUGUCAGAAGCAACAAUGGUUAUAGGUAGUUCAACUGUCUUCAACAGAAAGCUGAUGUCAUCCCGUGCUAAGGAUUGAUGGUGCUAUCAUUCUUUCAUUCAGUAUGUCAUCUUAAGAUAUAUUAUUUUAAGAUGGCAUGAUAUGUUUUACUUCAUGCUCAUUUUAAAGUUCAGGACCAAGGGUUCAAUGCUGCUGUGUCACCCCCAAAUAGUUAUGGCCUCUGCUCCUAGUGCGUUUGAUCGCUGGUUCAAUUCCUGAUGAAGGUUGUUGCACAUGCAUUGGAGUGUGUCAGCGAAAUGACUUUAACACAAAAAUUUUUUUUUAAAUAUCUGAGCUUCUUAACUGAAUCCAAGUUGAAUGAUGGAAUGAUGCACCAACCUGCUGUUGAUUCAUUUUGUUAUAUCUCAUCUCAGGAGUGAUGGACUGGAACCGGACCAAUGUUGAAUCCUCAAAUGUUGAAGGAAUUUAAAAAAAGGUCUAAUGGCCUUGUGAAUUUAGUUGGACUCCACUUGCAGUAUCUCUUUUUUGAUGUUCGGAGGUGAAUUGUAUCUUUUUUUUUUCAGCAGGAUUGUUUGUACAGUCUGUGUCGGGAUGUCAGCAGUGCUGGAGCGACUGACACGUUGGUUUGGAGCGUCUAGCUGGCUAGACUCCACACAGAGUGUUAAUGGUUGGCAAGAACCAUGUCCUUUUCGUCCUGCAUAGAUUUGAAACAUUCCCUCGUCAGAGGUUUGUUUUCACACUUGUUGACCAACUAGAAAGAGCCUCAAAAAUACAGUGUAACUUUCUGCCUGAACUGACCUGUUUAGUUUUAUGUACAUUUAAAUUUGGCUAAAAUUCAGCAGUAUAAAAGUGACAACUGUUGCAUUACAUUAUGAGCCUGUAUGAAUGGUGGGUUGUGUGAAUUGGUCCAAGAAGAAAAAAAAAUUCUAUCUGUGGAGGAAGAGAUACUGCAGCUGGAUUAUUUCCACUCAUAUGUUUGUCAUGCUUGAAUGAAUAUUGAUGUCAAAAUGUCAACUGGAGUACACAGUUGAGAUUAAUCAGAACUUAAGCCAGCGACCAGACCACAGAGCGCCGAGCUGCUGUGAAGCCCUGUGACCUCGUCUCAGUGUUAUCCGCCCUUGUAUAUAAAGGCAACCUAUUUUUGUCCUGUCACCAAUGAAAGGAAGCAGAAAGCUAGCGUGAGUUGCCCUGGAACUCUGGAGAAGAAGGAGUCGGACAAACUAAGUAGCGAAAGCUGGAUCAAACUUUUGACGGCGAGCUGCUGCCUUCGCUUGAGCCUCCUUCAACAUGUGUCUGUCUGUAACAACCGAUCAAGCUGUUCAUAAUCCAUAUGUUUAUCCUGUAAAGUGUGAUCGAUGUAUAGUUUUUAAUUUAAUGUUUCUUUUUGUAGCUGGCCUACACGAUGGAUGGGUUAAUUUAUUGGAGUUGAAUGGGUCUUUUUAAUUUCAGGCAGCUCCUGAAGCGUCUCGAUCAACGAUCUCUCAUGUCAAGUGUUAUUUUUAAGGAAGCACAAUGUGUACAAGGACAGUAUUUGUUGAGACCAGUAAUUUAUGACUCUGCAGGGAACCGUUCAUCUUGAAGAUCAUCUAGUUUUGGAUCACCAACAACACAUGGUGUUCUUCGGAAUCUCCACAUCACUUUGUUGCAGCCAAAAGUCAAGGACACGCUGAGAUACUCACAAGUCUGUGAAAGUGUCUGGCAGCAUUUUGCUUUUGUCUUAUGUAUCAAACAUCUGUUUCUUUGUUACUCUGGUUUCUGACUCUCCUCCCCUGUGGAAUGGCAUUAUCAAGUUUCCUGCAUUUUCCAGUGUACAGUGCAAUCGGUUUCUGGGAGAACAAAAAUCCAAGCAAAGCAACUGCAUGGAAUAAAUGCUGAUGUACU